AUGUCUGGAGAUUCAGUGACUCUGAGCUGCAUCAACGACUUAAACCCUCCUGCAGAAAUCAGCUGGUUUAAAGGAAAAAUGCUUGUUGGAUCUGGAAGAAUCUUCAGCAUCUCCAAGAUCAGCUCUGAUGACAGUGGAGAAUACAAGUGCAAGGCCAGAAAUGCACAUGGAGUGAAGUACUCUGAUCCUGUGACUUUAAAUGUCCAGUAUCCACCCAGGAGCAUCUCCGUGUCCAUCAGUGAAUCUGACAAUAAAGUGGAGGGAGAUUUAGUCACUUUGACUUGCAUCAGUGACUCAAACCCUCCUGCAGAAAUCUGCUGGUUUGAGGAGAAUCAAAGCUCAGCUGUUGGAUAUGGACAGAGUUUCAGUGCAGUACAGAGUGGACGCUUCUACUGUGAGGCUCACAAUCCACAUGGAGCUCAGAGAUCAGACGCCGUCACUGUCACUGUUAAAGCAAACUUAAUCCAUCUGUCUUUACUCUUGUCUCAGUAA